GGGACUGAAAACUCGCGGCGGGGGUGACAGAUACACUCUCUGCGCACCACCACCACAACCACCACCGUAAAAAUGCCAGAGGGACCAGAACUUCACUUGGCAGCUAAAUUCAUCACCGCAAUCGGGCAGAGGACGCUAUUUGGGGGCCAGGUGGUCAAGUCAGCAGUGUCUACCAAGAACCCUGACGUGGAAUGGAACAAGGAAGUGUACAGGGUGCGUGCCAACUCCAGAGGGAAGGAGUUGAAGGUGGUGGUGACGGAGGGUGAAUCUGAGGUGAAGGGCGGCGCGUCUCUCAGUAUCCUCUUCCGUUUUGGCAUGUCAGGCAGUUUCAAGUACACUCCUGUCAGUGAGCUUCCCAAACACGCACAUUUACAGUUUUACACCAUCAAUGAACCAAUUCCGAUGGUGCUGAGCUUUGUGGAUUACCGUCGGUUUGGCCGGUGGGAGGUGGAGGGUGAAUGGGGUGCAGAUCGUGGCCCAGACCCCAUUUGGGAGUAUCAGGCAUUCCGGAGCAAUGUGAUGGAGAACCUCAAGUUAUCAGCCUUCAAUAGACCCAUCUGUGAGGCCAUGCUUAACCAGAAGUUCUUUAAUGGCAUAGGAAAUUAUUUGCGAGCUGAGAUUUUAUACAGGUGUGGUGUCCGUCCCUUUGAUGAGGCACGUGAAGUCCUGAGUGAACUGAAGCCAUUUAGCAAGUGGUACGAGACUCAGGUGAAGCAGGAGGAUGUCAAAAAUAUAGUGAAACAAGAGGAUGUCCAAAAGAUUGUGGUGAAACAGGAAGAUAACAAGGAAAUAGUGAAGCAGGAGGAUGUCAAAGAGAAUAUAGUGAAACAGGAGGAUGUCAAAGAGAAUAUAGUGAAACAGGAAGGCAACAAGAAGAGUGUGAAGGAGAGCAAAGUGAAGCCAGACUUACUAGACCUUUGCCACAUCUUGCCCAAGGAGGUGGUGGGUCUUGAGGGUGGAGGCAAGGGCUACAAUGUCGACCCUGAUGCCAAUGAGGAAGAGUAUGCUGCAUUUAGGGAAUGGCUGCAGUGCUACUACCAGGACGGGAUGAAGAACAUGGUGGACCACAAUGGCCGCACCAUGUGGUUCAGUGGAGAACCGGGUCGCCUCAAGCCAAAGGAUGCAAGUUCAAGAAAUAAGAUAGUGAGGACAAAGAAGAUGCACAAGAAGGAUGAGAACAAGAAGGAAGCAGAGGAACAGAACCCUGACUUGGGACAUGAAGAAAAUAACACUAGGACAAAGAAAAGACCUUCUAGAGCCAAAACAGACAAAGCGGCAGAGACAAAGAAAGCACCACCCAAUAAAACACCAGCUAAUAAAACGCCAGCUAAGAAAACACCAGCUAAUAAAACGCCAGCUAAGAAAACGCCAGCUAAGAAAUCACUGAAUGGCCAAACAGGGAAAGCCACAAAGAGAGCAAAGGGAGUGAAGGUCAAGGAGGAAGAGACAGCCAUACCCACUCUAGCAUCCAAGAUUAAAGUGAAGCUGGAGGAAGCCAACAGUGUGCCAAAAACGCUCAGCAAGACUCACCCGUCACCAGUGAAGCAGAGAAGUGAAGCUCGUCUAGAUGUUGUUCUGCUACCUCAGUUUUUUACCCUUAAGGCGUAAGGUUAGUUAAGUAGUUAGUGUUGUGUUUAUGCUCAAAUUCCAUGGGUAUAUCACAUCAGAGGUUAAGACUUUCCUAUGAUUACUUGUGAUCAUUAAGAGUCUCAUAUUUUUAUGAUGAGUCAGUCACUGCCUCACUUUAUUCAGUUGUUUCGUGAUGCUGGUGGUGAGUUCAAAGGAUGGCAGUUUUGCAUUCACAUUCCCAUUAAGUACUUGCAGCUCAGUAGUUCAAAUGUUACAUAUCAAACCUGUGAUACAGUAAUGGGAGUGUGGACAGCUGCUAGUGUGUACCUGUCUCUUUGUGACCUCAAUGGUGGUCAAUCUUUGUCUCCACCAGCAUGUCUCCUGAUUGGUGUAGGUACUGGCCUCUCCAUCUGACAAGGUUUAUUGUUGCAAAAGAAGCUGAUGCUCCAGUUGCAAGGUGUGAGUGAAGAGACUACUGUUCUUCAUGUAAUGAAUUAAAAACUUAAAUUUGUAGGUAAUUAAUUCGCAACAAGGAGGAAGAUUUAAAAGAAUAAAGGUAAAUUAAGUACAGGGCAGAAUGCCAUAUUUUUAGUUAUUUAAUGAAUUAGAAGUUUUUCACUUUUAUAAUUCAUAUCUUCAUCACAUCUUGCCUCUUACUUUUUCAUGCAUUUCUCUUCAUACCUUCUUCCAAAUUCCUGAAGGAAGCAGCCUGUCUUCUGAAGAAAUUGAGUUGCUGCUGUCCCUUUCGCAUUUCCUCCUAUUGCUGUUCCUUCAUUCCAUCACAAUUCUAUAAGAAGAGUUUUUAUUUUAAUGGUAUAGCCGCAAUCUUUCCUCUUAGUGAUCUUCCCUCAGACCUUCUUAUCUGACAUUGCACCCAUCAAUAUGACCCUUAGUGUUAGUAUUACAUUGGCAAGGAGGCCGAUGUUGUGGCCUCCCUAAUGCUAUAUGUGCUCACUGUUAGUGGAUUGUCACUGCCAAGACAUUAAUUAAGUGAUCUUGAUUGAAUAGAUUAUAUUUUUAACAAGUAAAUGUAUUCCUAUGAUUUUUA